AUGUCCAUCCACAAGGCUAUUCAAUGUGCGGGCCUAGUUGUCCUCCUCUGGUUGCCAUUGACAGAAGCCCAGUAUUCACGAAAGUUGGAUAAGCCGAUGAUCUUAUGCCAAGUGGAGCAGGGCUACUGGCUGGAUGGCUGGAUGGUUGCCCUCACAACUGCACAGUCCUACAUCUACCUCUUCGGAAGGUUCACUUUUGAAGACGCCUCUGGUGAACUCCCGCACUGUCCAGUCAACAUCCGAAUUCCGCCGAGAGAGCGAGAUUGCCGAAAUCUAAAGUUUGGUAGCACACCGGACAAAAGAGACUAG